AUGAGCACCAAUCAGUUCCAGCAGGACACAAAAUCAGGCUUGAAGGAUAUGGAGGCUCGAAUAAGCCAGAUGGCAACUGCCAUCAAUCGCUUGGAAUCCCACGCUUAUGGAAAGUUACCUUCACAAUUCGAAAUAAAUCCCAAGAAUGUAAGUGCCAUGACCCUGAGGAGUGGCAAGACACUGGAAGGGCCUAAAGAGAGAAAUUCAAAAGGCAAGAGUGAGGAGGAGAUAGAGAAGGAAAUUGAGGAGGAAGGACGUAUUCGUGAGGAUCCUAAGGUAAUCCCCAUCUCUCCACCCACUACUAACUCUAACUUACCCCCUUUUCCUUGCAGGUUGGAAAAGACAAAAAGGGUAAAGAAGGAAAAAGAGCUUUUAGAUGUGUUCCGAAAAGUGGAAAUUAACAUCCCUUUACUGGACGCAAUCAAGCACAUACCGAAAUAUGCUAAAUUUCUCAAGGAUCUAUGCACCCAUAAGAGGAAACUGAGAGGGGACGAAAGAGUAGCGGUGGGAGAGAAUGUGUCAGCAAUGCUCCAAAGAAAGCUUCCACCCAAGUGUGGAGAUCCAGGUAUGUUCACGAUCCCCUGUAAGAUAGGGAAUACACCGAUCAGGAAAGCAAUGUUAGAUUUAGGGGCGUCAAUCAAUGUGAUGCCAAAGACCAUUUUUGCUUCUUUAAAUCUUGGGCCACUUAAAGAAACAGCCAUCAUAAUCCAACUAGCCAAUCGCACAAAUGCAUACCCAGAGGGGCUAGUUGAGGAUGUCUUGGUUCAAGUAAAUGAAUUGGUCUUUCCUGCAGAUUUUUAUAUCUUGGACAUGGGAGAUGAAAAAUCAUUAAACCCGUCACCUAUCUUGUUAGGUAGACCAUUUCUUAGCACUGCCAGGACUAAAAUAGAUGUGAAUGAGGGUACUUUGUCAAUGAAAAUUGAUGGUGAAACUGUGAAUUUCAAUAUUUUUGAGGUGAUGAAAUAUCCAGAAGAAUCUAACUCAGUCUUUGCUUUGAGCGUUAUUGAGCCUUUUGUGCAGAACAUUUUCGAAUUAGAUGGCAAAGACGCUUUGGAAGUGGCUCUAAUCAAGCAUCUGGAGUUGGGUGUAACUCCUAAUGUGGACCUAAGGGGAGAUUUGGCACCGGAGUUGGAACUAAAACCUUUCCCGAAGCAUCUAAAGUACGCAUUCCUAGGAGAUCGGAAGACACUUCCGAUGAUCAUCUCUGCACACCUAUCUCCAAGUCAGGAGGACAAACUGGUGCGAAUCCUUAGGGAGCAUAAGGAAGCAAUUGGAUGGAGCAUAGCCGAUAUUAAAGGGAUUAGCCCGUCCUUGUGUAUGCACCAGAUAAGACUCGAGAAUGAUGCAAAGCCGGUGAGGCAAGCACAGCGAAGAUUGAACCCUCUGAUGAUGGAAGUUGUAAAAAAGGAGAUACUCAAGCUUCUGGAGGUAGGGAUCAUUUUCGCUAUUUCGGAUAGUCCGUGA